AUGUACAAAGUUGAACUUGUAGAUUCAUCUGAAUUCAAAGAUCGUUCAAAAUACUAUAAACAUCUGUUACAAACAUAUUGUCAAUGGAGUUUUCUGAAAUACUUUGUAUAUAGUAUUAUCUGGUUGAUUGGUGGGAGAAUCUCAAUUCAUUAUUCAAUGCAAGGGUUAUACGUAAUAAUAACAGGAUUCGCACUUAUCUUUACCAAUUUAGGCACUAGAGAAAAAGGCACUUUGAGUGCAUAUAGCAUAUUUAAUAAAGGAUAUAAGAAGUUGAUGGGAUAGAUGACUGAAGAGGAUGUUGCUAAUAUGUAUAAUAUGGGAGGAGUUAAAAAGAAGGAGGAUUUUAGUGAUGAGGAUGAUGACAAUAUCUCCAAGGAUUUUGAUGGAUUGUCGAUGGAAUAAAUGAUGGCGAAAUUGACAAAAUUGGGGAAUAAGCAAUGUUUUUGUAAUUCAGGUAAGAAAUAUAAAAAAUGUCAUUACUUUAUACAUUAAAGAAUUAAAUAGUAAGAAGAUGAAGAAAGAAGAAAAGGAAUUAAAAAAAAUUGA